UUAGCUUUGUUUUGUUCGAAGACGAAAUGUGACAGCAUUUGUAUUAAUUUUUCUAUUUGGAACUUUAUCAUCAUGCCCAAUUUAGAGAAUGGUCAAAAUAACACGGAAGAAGAUAUGGAGCAAGAUAUUCCUCAGAGUGAAAGUUCAGAUGAAGAAUCUGGCUCAACAGAAGAAGGCGAUUCAGAACUAGAUGAUGAAGAAUGUGAAAGAAGGAGAAAUGAGUGUCUGGAAGAUAUGUCAGAGUUAGAAAGACAGUUUUGUCUCUUUAAGGAAGAACUCUGUAAAGAAAGAUAUCAUCAAUAUGAAAUAAAGUUAGAAGAAGUAAGACAUGAAAAAGCUGAAGAAUAUUUAUUACCUUUAGCACAGUUAGAAAAUGAAUCGAAAGUUAAAUGUGAUGUUGCUGCUAUAUUCAGAGAGCAUAAAAUUUGGUGCAUUAAGGUGAAUUUUGAAAGUGAAGAAAUAGCAGCAUAUCAAAAUAUGAAAAGUGAAAGAGCUAUUUUAGCUGAUACAGUGAAACAAGAAUUAGAAGAUAAAAUAAGAAGGUUAGAAGAAGAUAGAAACAAUAUUGAUAUAUCUUCUGAUUUAUGGCAUGAAUCUCAGAGUCAGAAGAAAAAGAAGAAGUCUGACCCCUUUCAUAGAGACAGACGACGUAAACCAGUUGUUGUUUCUGGUCCUUAUAUAGUUUAUAUGUUACGUGAAUCUGAUAUUAUAGAUGACUGGACAACUAUUAAAAAGGCUUUAAAGCAACAAAAACAACAAAAUCAAAAGAGGAAGAUUGAUUAUUUGACAUGUAUGCAGAAUGAAGUAAAUUACCAGUUAGUUAUUCAUGCCCAUUAUAAAACUACUUCCAAAAUUAUUUCAUGACACUUUGUGUAUGUUUUUUUUUAAACACCAGUAGUGUUAAUAGUUGCAUGUGAAUCUAUUCACCCAAGCUAGCAACAUAUGUCCUAAUUAAUAUCAUUAAAUAUUGAUCAUGUUU